AUGACGCCCGCCUUUAAUCAACAACCUGCUCAGGCCUAUCAAGCGCCUCCAGUUUACCGACCAGCUCCAGUUCAACAACAUGCUCCUAUUCCCCCUGUUUAUCAACAAGCACCAGCAGCUCUUGUCUAUCAACAACCGAGAGCUCAAGCUCUAAGGCAAAACGCUCAGAACCAGAAUAGGAGGCAAGGGGAUAGGAAGACCUUCAAUCCAAUUCCAAUGUCAUACACUGAGCUUUAUCCCUCUCUAUUGCAAAAGGGUUUGGUAGUUCCCAGACCUAUGGGACCUCCACCUGAUCGUCUGCCUCCAUGGUACAACCCUAAUGCACACUAUCCUUUUCAUGAAGGUGCCCCCAGGCAUGACCUAGAGGGUUAUUACGCUCUGAAGCAUAGGGUUCGUGAACUAAUUGAAAGCAAGAUCCUAUCUUUUAAGGAUAUGGGACCGAACGUGAAGAACAAUCCUCUUCCUCCCCAUGGAGACCCUACGGUGAAUGCCAUUGAAGAUGCCUUUGUUGGUGUUAUGGUUGAGAAGGUGGAUGAUGUUAAGACUCCUUUGGCAGCAUUCCAUGCCCGAUUGGUGGAAGCUGGCCUGAUUAAUAUCUCCAGCGUUACAAAGAAUGAAGAUGUGUUGGUAAUUGAACCUUACUUCAAUUUACCUGAACCAGUUGAAAUCCCAUACUACAGUAGUGGAGUGGUUCCUACAAAUAGUCAUCAGUCACCUGUUGAGAUAUGUACGCCCACGCCUUUUCAAUAUGAGAGCACCAAGGUUGUGCCUUGGAAAUAUGAGAUUACCGUUGUAGACAAGGUUGUUGAAGGAAGUGCAGACGUUGAAGUGACAGAAGCUGUGAGUGAGGACGUCACCAAUAUUGCAGGGAUGAGCAGAAUGACCCGUAGUGGUCGAAUCUAUACACUUGAAUUUAACGUGACUCCUCAAGGGCCGGCCCAGGAAUCUACAGUUGCAACUCCUGCUAAAGAACCCGAAGAGGUCCCAUCUGAGGAUGUUGUUGAAUUCUUGAAGUUGAUCAAGAGAAGUGACUACAAAAUGGUGGAUCAGCUGCAUCAAACACCAUCUAAGAUCUCUAUUAUGUCUCUGCUGUUGAACUCCCAAGCCCAUAGGGAGGCUUUGUUGAAGGUGCUUGCCCAAGCUCAUGUAACGCAAAGCAUAACAGUAGACCAAUUUGAUGGGGUAGUUGCAAAUAUCACAGCUUGUAAUACAUUAAGCUUCAAUGGAGAGGAAUUACCUGAGGAUGGACAAAAUCAUAAUCGUGCUCUCCAUAUCUCAGUAAAGUGCAAAGAUGAUGCUUUGGCAAGAGUCUUGGUUGAUACCGGAUCUUCUUUGAAUGUUAAGCCAAAGAGAACACUCGCCAAGUUAUCUUAUCAAGGACCAACUAUGAAACCCAGUGCCUUGGUAGUGAAAGCUUUUGACGGUUCCAGGAGAACCGUGAUUGGAGAAGUGGAACUGCCCAUAUUCAUUGGCCCUCAUGGGCAGUUACCUCCACUUUACAUCAAAAAAUGA